CGCCGGCGGCUGCGCAGUGUCGGCACAUCCGGGCACUGGGGCAGGAUGAGCGCUCCUUUCCAAGAUGGCGGCGGAGGGAGGUGGGAAGGAGAUGAACGAGAUUAAGACCCAGUUCACCACCCGGGAGGGGCUGUACAAGCUGCUGAGCCACUCGGAGUACAGCCGGCCUAACCGCGUGCCCUUCAACUCGCAGGGCUCCAACCCCGUCCGCGUCUCCUUCGUCAACGUCAACGACCAGAGCGGCAACGGGGACCGGCUCUGCUUCAAUGUGGGCCGGGAGCUCUACUUCUACAUCUACAAGGGGGUCCGCAAGGCUGCGGACUUGAGUAAACCGAUAGACAAAAGGAUAUACAAAGGAACACAGCCUACAUGCCAUGACUUCAAUCACUUAACAGCCACAGCAGAAAGUGUGUCUCUUCUAGUGGGCUUCUCUGCAGGCCAGGUCCAACUUAUAGACCCUAUUAAAAAAGAAACUAGCAAAUUAUUUAAUGAGGAAAGACUAAUAGACAAGUCCCGAGUAACCUGUGUAAAAUGGGUACCAGGUUCGGAAAGCCUUUUCCUAGUAGCUCAUUCCAGUGGCAAUAUGUACUUGUAUAACGUGGAGCACACUUGUGGUACCACAGCCCCGCACUACCAGCUACUUAAACAAGGAGAGAGUUUUGCAGUGCACACUUGCAAGAGUAAAUCCACAAGAAACCCUCUGCUUAAAUGGACAGUAGGUGAGGGGGCCCUGAAUGAAUUUGCCUUUUCCCCUGAUGGGAAGUUCUUGGCGUGUGUGAGCCAGGAUGGUUUUCUUCGCGUGUUUAACUUUGAUUCAGUGGAAUUGCAUGGUACAAUGAAAAGCUACUUUGGAGGAUUGCUAUGUGUGUGUUGGAGCCCCGAUGGGAAAUACAUAGUGACAGGCGGAGAGGAUGACUUGGUGACAGUUUGGUCUUUCGUGGACUGUCGAGUUAUAGCGAGAGGCCACGGACAUAAAUCGUGGGUCAGUGUCGUUGCGUUUGAUCCAUAUACCACUAGUGUAGAAGAGAGUGAUCCGAUGGAAUUUAGCGGAAGUGAUGAGGAUUUCCAAGACCUUCAUUUUGGCAGAGAUCGAGCAAAUAGCACGCAAUCUAGACUAUCCAAAAGGAACUCUACAGACAGUCGUCCAGUAAGUGUUACAUACAGAUUUGGUUCAGUAGGCCAGGACACACAGCUCUGUUUGUGGGAUCUUACAGAAGAUAUCCUCUUCCCCCACCAACCUCUCUCAAGAGCAAGGACACAUACAAAUGUCAUGAAUGCCACAAGUCCACCUGCAGGAAGUGGUGGAACUAACCCAGGAAGUAAUGGAAACAGUAUCACAACACCUGGAAACUCUGUACCCCCUCCUCUUCCACGGUCAAACAGCCUUCCACACUCUGCAGUCUCAAACGCUGGCAGUAAAAGCAGUGUCAUGGAUGGUGCCAUUGCUUCUGGCGUUAGUAAAUUUGCAACCUUAUCGCUACACGAUCGGAAGGAAAGACACCAUGAAAAAGAUCACAAGAGAAACCAUAGCAUGGGACAUAUAUCUAGCAAGAGCAGUGACAAACUGAACCUAGUUACUAAAACCAAAACGGACCCAGCUAAAACUUUGGGAACACCUCUCUGUCCCCGAAUGGAAGAUGUUCCCUUGUUAGAGCCUCUUAUCUGUAAAAAGAUAGCACAUGAAAGACUGACUGUGUUAAUUUUUCUUGAAGACUGUAUAGUCACUGCUUGUCAGGAGGGAUUUAUUUGCACAUGGGCAAGGCCUGGUAAAGUGAUUCAGCAGAACACAGACAUGGCUGUAUCUAGAUUCUCUCUGCACACCUGUCCAGGAGCUGGGGCAGAGUGUCGUCAUUCCUUCUAGGACUCUACAGGAGCUCUUUCCUCUGUGGACUCUGGUGCAGGGGUACUUCAAAGUUGCUUAGUGGAUGUAAUCUUCUGACAAGAAAGACCUUCCAGUUGCUGCUGGAUUUAAUAGAAUUGUGAAGAAUUCUUCAGUAAUGAACUAGUGAAUUCUGAUUCAACCUUAUCACUUUCCAACAAAACUUCCCUGGUAAAAAUUUCAGAAGUGCUUCAGUGUCUUGUUUGCUCUAAAGUUCUUCUUUCACCAUUUAGUCCUUAAGUAGUAACUAGGAAACUUCUUGUUCUCAUGAAAUAUGCAAGAUCUUUGCACAUCCUGAAUGUCAAGUGUAAAGAACAACCCACUUCAGUCUACCUCAUCAGUGUUUGAAUCAGAUAUUCCCUGCAUAAACAAAUAAAGGUGUUCAGGUUCUUUCAGGUGAGGUCUGUGGAAGACACCAAGGAAAGUGCCACAUGCUUUGUUAUAUCUAAAUGUCAUAUGGACCAUAUGCAAAUACACAGUCUGCCAUUAAUCCUCCAAACUAUCCAGGUUCAUGACGUGUCUGAAAUGAUAAUUUUUUUAAAAAGAAGGGCUUUGGUUUUAACAGAAGUUUGAUUACUUUAAUCCAGUCAGUCCGGCCCUCUUUCCCAUCUUUCCACCUCUUCUGAGGUCAGGGUUUACUUCCCUCAUCAUGACCUCUCAGUUCUUGGAUCCAAAUGUGAAAGAGCUCCUGUAGAUUCUGAAGAAGUGACAUAAUUCUGUCUUCUGUCUGUAUGCUAAUUGCUGCCUGAUCUUGUCUAGUUUGAUGGAUCUGAGUCCCAUGAUCUUAAUUUUGAGGUAAGACCAUAAGCUGGGAGCUGCUUAGAGGACUUGCUGAAAGUGCAUUUAUCAUACCUACGAGGUGAGGAGUUGCAUGGGGAUACUUGCUGGUGUGCUUCCAGCUGCCAGUGUGCUUCCAGCUGCCAGCAUGCUCCUUGGAAUGCUGGCACUCGGUAGAACUAAUGACCUUAUAAGAAGGCUAAAUUGUAUUUUGACAAUAAGCUUUUCCUAAAUAAGCCUGAUGAAGUUACUUUUAUGUGAAUGAUUAAAAAGGGGCUACUGUGCAUAAAUCUGAAAUGAAGUCUCCCCAUUGGUAUGCAUAGGUUUAAUCCAUAAGGUGUGGUUGCCUUAAUCCAGAGAAGCAGCCUCUGUGUAGUGAGGGGCACUGCACAGUCAUGGGGCUGUGUGUGAAAUAAGUAUUUUGAUUUGAAUGGCAGGGUAAUUAGAAGAGCUGGUACCAAGUUUUCCCAAGUGUGAACUUAAAUUGUAAUAGGAAAUCUUUACUGAACUCUUGUCACCGUUUCAUUCUGUUUUAAAAUUACCAAAACAAAUAUUUGGUUAGACGAUCUAUUUUUCUAUUCAAAGCCUGUAAUACUCAAUCACAUAGAAGAGAUGGAGUGUUUCCUUGUAUCAGGUCAGGUGUCAAACAUAUUGAUACUGGAAUAGGUUUGUUUGACACCACUCCAGUAAAAUGCUGAUCACUUUUUUGGUGUAUGAUUUUUAAAGUUUCACAGUUCACUACGACUCCGAGUGCAAGGUAGAUUAAACCAAAUGCUGGGAUCAGAUCCAUUCUGUGUCAUAAACGCACACGUUUCUUCCCGUCUGAGAGCUCUUUGUGUGCUGCUUGACUGAGACCGUGGUGACUUAGAGCCUUUGUAGGCAAGAAGGUGCUGAUGUGUCUGAAGUAAGCAGGUGUUGGUAAAAAUCAACUGUACUCAUUGUAGGUUCAGUUUAAGAACUUUAUAAAAUUCAUGUCAGGUUCUCUUGCUGGAUUAAUGUAAACUGCUUUGUUUGCAGGGUUUAUUGUCAUCCCAAAACCAGGCCAAUUCUCCAAGUGGAACUGUAGUAUAGCCAUCACACUACUGCUAGCAAAUCUCUGAACGCAGGACAAGAAGUAAUGACAGUGGAACCAGGAGCUGUUCUUCAGGCAAAGAGCAUCACAAAUUAUAAUGUGGCAGAGUGUAAAGAUGGAAUUAUGUGAAUCACAUAGUGACUUGGAAAGGACAAAUGUAAGGAGUUCUCACUACAGCUGAUCCUGCUAGGCUGCUCACCCAAGGAAGAGUUUGCAUUGGAGAAAAAGCAAAAAGCUUCCUUUAGUGCUGCAGGAAAAAGUAGUAACAUUUUUGUUUUCUUUAUACUUUUCAAGUCCAGUGUAAUUUAAUCUCUCUAUAAAUAUAUAAGAUAUAUAUAUAUAUAUAUAGUGUAAAAUAAGAUAUGUUUCUUAAAUUCAAGUAAGUUCAAUGGUUAAACUAGUACUUCACCAUUGUUUAUUUUGCACUGAUUUUUUUAACCAGAGAUGGCUAGAAGACAGCCUGGAAUGCACUCAUGGAAAAUGAAAGUCAUUACUUUCUGGCUUCAAAAUGUUUUUCAGGAAGAUGGAUGCUGCAAUCAUAGAUUUUUUUAAAACAAAAUUGUUUUGCACUUAAAUAGUUUAAUGCUUAUAGAGAAUUACUUUAAAAUUGGUGUCCAGACACCAGAAAAACUAUGUUGUGGAAAAAAGAUCCUUUGUAUCUAUUAAACAUUUAUUUUAAUAUUGUUGUUUCCAACUGCAAUCGGCUCUGUAUUAUAUGUAUAAAUAAUGUAAUUCAGUGAUGGGAGAGGGGAGUAAUGGAUCAUUACACUAGAAAUUCUCAUUCAUUUAAAAAAGUGAUAUUUCUAAUUCAGAAAAUACAUAUUAAACUAUCUUGAAUAUGCAUUUUUGUUUACUUUCUGUUCAAAUCCAAUCACUUUUGAUGUAACCAAUUCUUUGUUGAAUUAAAUGUUUGGUACAGAAAUACUA